AUGGAACAACAAGAUUGGCACAUGAUUGGAGCGGAUUGUCUCGUUGUAUCUUGUUGUUGCCAAUGUUUGUUGCUACAACUCCUCGUGUUCUUGUUGCUCAAACUUCCCAUCAAACUGGUUGAGAAAACAAAACAUUAUGUGAAGAGGAAGUUAAGGAACAAAAUGCAAGAUGGUGGGCAAAUGAUGAGGAUGAAAGUGGCUCGGUGUGCGGAGGAAGUUGUGGGGAGUCGAAAGCCAAGAAACUUGAUGUGGGUUCAAGCUCGAGCCAAUGGUUUUCGGCUAGAUGGGUUCGAUGGGUGUAUGGAUGAGGUUGAAGAGGUGUUGGAGGAGUUGUCUACGAAGGGUGAGUUCGGGUUUGGGAGUUUUUGGAGCGGAGAUGAUGGUGUUGAAGUUUAUUGUCCAGUUGGUCUUGUAAAUCAAAAACGUGGGUGA